CGUGCAAGAUAAGAUAAGAUAAAUGUCAAAAAAUAAAUAUCGCGUAUAUGAAAAUGAUCAGGAGUUAGGGAAAAGCUUAGCAGAGCAGAUAAAAUGCAUAAGUGAUAAAUCAAUUGCUAAAAAUGAUCAAUUCAUGAUUGGAUUUUCUGGUGGGAGUUUAUCUAAAAUCUUAUGUGACUAUUUGCCCCUAAUUAAAACUGACUGGAGUAAAUGGAAGAUUUUUUUUUGCGAUGAACGAUAUGUGUCGGAGAAUGAUCCUGAUAAUAAUUAUUCUUUUUACAAGCUGCAUUUAUUAGAUAAAGUUCCAUUGAAGAUUGGCUUAAACAUAUUUCCCAUCAAUACUUACCUUCCAAUUGAUGAAUGUGCUCAAGAGUAUGCAAACCAGAUUAAAAAUGUUACUGGCCAGACUCUCCAAUUUGAUCUAUUAUUGUUGGGAAUAGGUCCAGAUGGCCAUACCUGUUCUUUAUUUCCAAAUCAUCCUCAACUCAAUGAAAAACAAUUAAUUGUAACAUCAAUAAUUAAUUCACCUAAGCCACCACCCAAAAGAAUUACAAUGACAUUUCCACUGAUUAAUAAUUCAUGUAAUAUAUUUGUGAUUACAACUGGAGACAAAAAAGCAGAAAUUAUUAAAAAGAUAUUUAGUGAUGAUCAAACUGAAAUUAUUAAAUAUCCAAUAGAAAUGGUUGAAUCGAAAAAUACCAGCAAUAUUUGGUUUUUGGAUAAAGUUGCAGCCUCUUCCAUUAAAUAAUAUAAAUAUUUGUUAA